GAACAGUUCUUUAUUUAAAAUUAGCUGAUAAUUUGCUGUCAUUUGCACUUGAACUACAAAAAUUUAGAAACUUUGUACGUUUCCGAUAUUAUUUUUUAAGCAGAAUGUUAAAAGUAUCGCAAAAAUCAAAUGGCUGAUACUUCUUUUCGCUUUGGCACAGACAGUGAGGAUAAUCAACUUUCGCCCGAUGAAGCGGAUUGUUUGGAGAUUGAAGAGGAGGAGUACGACGCUCUUAACGAUGAAACGUUUGGUACCUUGGAGGAUUCGGCGUGUCUCGACGAUUGGGAGCAGCAGCACGAGCAGUUUGCCGAGCUCGCCGAAAAUUCUAAACAGUCCGAUAGCUUAGAUAUAUCGAUCGAUAAGUUAAGUUUAGAGCAUUCGAGUUAUGUUUUUCCUAGUUCUAAGGAUUCGGUGUGGUCGUACAACGCAACUCAAAAUGGUGAUAUUUUUGGUAGUAGUUUUUUGCCAAAUUCGCAUAAGGGAUCGGGUGAUAAAAUUAGUGGGAUUGGUGAACGGGGUAAUGACACCUUCAAUUUGUUUGGUAAAAGUGCCAAAUUGGAGGCCCCUAAUCUUACAGUCGGAAACCAUAUUCAGAAAAAAAUCUGUACGGUGGAGGAGUUAGAGCGUGGAUUGUUGCAGAAUCGUGCAAGGCACGAAGGGCAUUCAGCCUCACCGAGUCUCAUUCCACAGUUUCAUCAUGUGCAACCAAAACCGCAUCCUCCAGUUGUUCAGCAUCCUGGUCGCUUACCUCCUGGAUUAUAUCCAAUGGGAAUGCCGCCACGUCCGCCUGUUCCACACAUGCAUCAUCCAAAUGCUCCCCCUGGCUUAGGAAGGUUUCUCCCACCACCUCAUUUCAUGCACGGCGGUCCAACGCCGCCGCCCGGCUUAAUUUAUCCACCUCAUCAACCGUUUCCAGUUAAUCACCCGUUUAACUUUCCUGCGCCCCCCCGAAUCGGCAACAUGCAUAACAUGCACCAUAACAAUCGACUGAACCACCACAAUAACCACCAACAUAGGAAUAAAAUCGACGACAACACACGACAUAGAAACGACUACUACACACCACGCGACGAGUAUGCCGGACUCAUGAGUAGUAGAGAGAAACAGUGGUUAAUUAAUAUUCAGUUGGUGCAGCUAAAUACGGGAACCCCGUACUUUGACGACUAUUAUUACACGAUAUACAAGGAACGCAAGUCAAAGAACAGUAAGGAGAAUCAACCCCCUAUGGAUCGCAAUCAGUGGCAUAAUAGGCGCAAUAAUGAAAGGCAGGAUAAUCAGAACACUCUUACACCUAAAGUGUACACACCAUUGCAGUUUGAAAACUCUCUGGGAAAGUUACAGUGCGGCUCAGUUACCGCCCCACGAAAGAUCAUCGAUAUGGACAUCGUAACUCCCGAUAAAGAUAGCGAUACCAGCCUAACGACGCGAGACACUAAAAAAAUAAAACAACUUCUCCUAGAAUUAGAAGUAUUUUACAGUUAUCUGCUAAAAGCGGAGGAUUUAAAAAAUCCUUUAUACAAAAGUAAUAUGGUAAAAUUAUGCGAGAUUAGGCAAAAACAGAGAUUGCGCGAGCUAGACGUCGCCUCGACCUCGGAACAGAAGCAGGAAAUCCUAAAAUGUUUACAGCAAGAAAGCGCGCCGCUUAUGGAGAAUUGUAACGACCAUCUUUUGAAAGUACUCAACGGAUUAUUCCAGGAAGACAAAUACGCCAACUUUCUUAGUAUUCGAAAGGGAAAGAUGUUGCUCUUACGAAUUCUACCCAGCCUACACGUGGACUACUUUGCGAUGCAACUCUGCGAUUUGUGGACGAAAGUAUUGCUAAGCAUACCGAUGGUCGGUCGUAAAGAUACAGCCGGAGAAAAUCUCUUCCUUCGCCUGUAUCCGCACUUUAAACAAUUCAUUCAAGUUAGUGAUAUGAGCAUCAUCUUGGAUAUAGUUUCGAACUUGCUUGAGGUGUUGAGCCCGGAGACCAGUCGAGGCACGCCAAUAAGCUGUCAAGGCAAACCGCCUCUAAACUUCAUAACGUCGAACAAAUUUGGAAUGUCCGCUUUGGCAGCAAUUCUCAUUCGUGUUGAGACUUUAAUCACGGAAAAUAAAACAACCGAGAAGGAAAGAACUGAAUGGUUCCACUUUGUUAUCGGUUGGGCGGAGACACUCCUCGUGCCAAAGCUUCUUCUUGUCGUACCAAUCGAACAAAUAUCUUCCGAUAUUUUCAGUCAACACUGCAACCGAAUCGGAAAUUUAUCGCUAGAUAGAAUGAAACUAUUGGAGAAAUGGAUAUCGAAUGGAAGUUAAGUUUUUUAAUUAUUAGUCUUUUAGUUAUAAGUUAUGAUUGCUUGCAAAUGUUUAGUGAAAUUUUUUAAAUUGCAGUCGAUCGGUGCAUUUUUAAUGACGCGUUUUACAUUCAUUGUUAAUUCUGAAGUUGAAAUCUUAGUUGAUAUCUUUGACAAAAGGCAGCCGCGCUUGCUGUCGUAGUUCGAUUCUUUUAAGUAAUAAUGGUUAUUGUAAUUGUGAUUGUUUAAAUGUAAAGUGCAGUUAAAUUUAGAAAUUUGUUAAUAUUGAUAACAUUAUUUCGAUAAUUUAUAGAUACACAUAGUUAUAUUUUUUGUAUUUUUCUAGUUAAGCAUGCAUGAGUACGUAAUGUAAUACCAAACAGACUUUUGUAUAUUUCUUAUAGGCGCUAGUUGAUUUCAAGAUAGGACACUAUAAUGCUUAUAUUUGUUUAAAAUGGCAUUAGUGCAAACAUCUUCCUUUAUAUUGUAUAUAAAUCGAAGUUUUAUAUACAAUUUUGUAAUUAAUUUAUUGUAUAAAAUGUUCACAUUAUAUUUAUUAGUUUUAUCAUAAUUAUAUCAUAAUUAGCUAUCAUGUUUUUUUAAAUAAUACUUCUUAUGUCGAACCAAUAUAUGUUAAUCAACGUUUGACAAUUUAAUAAAAUUAUGAAGCCUGUUGUAAAAUG